AUGGCAUCAGGAUAUGGCCUCAAUGGCGGCCCGUCCCGCUGUUUCCCCUUCUGGCAAGAACUUCUCGGUUGCUACGUAGUUAAUGCUAGCGAAGGCGAUGCCGGAAAGAAGAAGUGUGUCCCAGCACUAGAGGAUUACCAUGAGUGUUUGCAUCACAGAAAAGAGGCUGCGCGAAUGCGGGCGAUGCAACAGGCAUAUCGAAAGGCGGAAGCGGCACAUCCCAGAGAGAAUGCGCCAAAGGCGGAACAGAUACGUUCGUUAGGAUUAAUAGGCAAGGACGAGGAAUCAAAGGCAAUAUUGGGGGCGCGAUGA